AUGCCACAAGACGCUCUCGCUUUCAAUUGUGCCGUCAUCACCGGCGGAGGUGGUGGCAUUGGCCGUGCUCUGGCAGAGUAUCUCAUCUCCAAGGGCAAAAAGGUUCUCAUCGCAGGCCGAACAGAAGCGAAUCUCAUAACCACAGCCAAGGAGAUCGGUGCAGCAGGUUACUAUGUUCUCGACACGGGAAAGACAGAUGAUAUUCCUGCUUUCGUCAAGAAAAUCACCAGCGAGCACCCAGAACUGGACUGUCUGAUCAACAAUGCUGGCGUCCAACGCCCAAUUGAAGUGCUCAAGAACGACGACUUCCUCGAAAAAGCCGAUCAAGAAAUUGACAUCAACAUCCGCGGUCCCAUGCAUCUUGCACUGCACCUAAUUCCACACUUCAAAGGAAAGCCAGCCGCUCUAAUUAUGAACGUCUCAAGCGUCCUAGGCUUCAUCCCAUUCAGCAUCAUCAACCCCGUGUACAACGGCACCAAGGCCUGGCUGCACUUUUGGUCCAUGAACUUGCGCACUCAACUGCACGAUACCAAUAUUCGAGUCGUGGAGCUUGCGCCGCCUAUGGUUGCUACUGAUUUACAUCGUGAGAGGGAGAAUCCGGAUGAUAACAAGAAGGAGCAUGCCCCGCAGACUUUGACGGUGGAGGAGUUUAUGGAUGAGGUCGUGCCCAAGUUUGAGAGGGGUGACGAGACUAUUAGUGCGGGUAUGGGAGCGGGCGCUACUGAUAAGUGGUUUGAGACUUUCGGGGAGAAAUAUGAGAGUGCUGAGAAAGGAUAUAAGAAAUAG